AUGGAAAAAACCUUUAAUAAGUUAAAAGAUGAUAAACUAGAAAAUUUUAAGAGAAUCUUAGAAAAACAUUCUCAAGAACUUGAGGAAAAUUUCCUUUUUAGAGAUAUUUCUAAAGUAUGGGGUUAUAAUUAUAGAGAAGAUAAUACAUUAAAAUAUUUUGUAAAGCUUUCUUUGGCUGAUAUAAAAACCAUUCAAAAUAUUCACAAAGAUUGGCAUAAAUACAACGCAAACCUCGUUAAAGACAACAAAGAAAUUGAAUUCGAAGAAACUAUUAAUGGAAAAACAAGAAUAAAAUUAUUAAAUGUAUUUAAUAAAAAUUUAUUAAAUAAGCAAGACAAACAAAUUUUAUGCUAUUUCUACUUUUUGAUAGUAGAUUAUGCUUUUGGUUAUGUUCACUUUAGUGAAAAUGACCAAAGUGAAAAUAGCGGUCAUGUGAAAAUUGAACGUGACUACAUAGAAAUCAGUGUAGAACUUGUUAUCAAGAAAUUAAUGAAUAUCUUUGAUGCUUUAAAAGAUGAUGAUUUCAAUGAUAAAAAGAUGGCUGGCAUUUUCUUCGCACUUAUUGUUUUGUGUAAUGAAUUUAAUGACAAUCUCAAUAAAAAAAACAUAAGUCCAAUAACUGAAUAUUUAGAAAAAAAAGGAGACAUAUUCAAGGUCUAUGGAAGUCGUUUAUGUGCACUAAGAAUAAAUUAUAUGAAAUAUAUUGGUGUUUUUCCUAUAAUCGAAGACAGCAAUAAAAAUUCAAAUGAGUUAGUAGACAGACUAAGUAAAGAAUGCUCUCUUAUCUUCAAUGAGAAAGAUAUUAUUUUUUUUAGUAGUACUUCUACCAAAUUUUUUUUCGAUCAAGAUCAUGCUAUCAAAUUUAUAUUUUAG